UACGAGACUCGCGCUAAACUCGGCUCAGUGCAAGAACCCGGAGUGGAAAGGCUACGCUCCGAGGCAGAAAAGUCCCCCCUGUCAAAACCCGGCAAAGAAAAUGGACCCCAAAGCUACGCCACGAAACUUCGGAGGACGCUGAGGGAAACAGCUGCCGACGCCGGUGCCAACUCUGCCAAGAAAAGACUGCAGAAAGCAACGUCAAACAGUGCAGUGAAGCCGAUGAAAAAGAGAACGCCUGCGAAGCUUAAAAAGCCGAGCUCAACGAAGCCUCAGCCUAACAGGGGGAAUAAUGAGAAUCCCGGCAGAAAGAGCACGGUUCCUGCACAAGGAAAUCGUGGCAAUGCAAAUGAAAAGAAGCAAAAUGCAAAGAGACUAAAGGAAGGUGGAAUCAGAGGCAACGCCAAUGAAGACAGAGAUAACAAGAGGCGAAAGGCAUCUAAACCCGGCGAUCGUAGAGAUGACAAAGAUAAGAAAGAAGGGGGAAGUGAUAAUAAGAAUGAAGCUAAAGGCGGUAAAAAGAGAGGAGAUUCUACAGAGGAGAAAGAUGUAAAAAAGAAUGGAAGGAAGCGAGGCAACAAAGAAGGUAAGAAGGACGAGAAACAAGGCAAAAAUGGUAAUGCAGGAAAGGGUCAGAAACAAGAUGCAGGGAAAGGAGGGCCUGGCAAAAGGAGGAAUAACAAAACAGGCAAAAAACAAAGCAAAAAUGGCCAGCAAGGAAAUAAGAGAGGAAAUGGUAGGGACCAGAAAUACAAGAGAAAAAAUAAAGGGAAUGGCAAAGAUACCAGAGAUAAAAACAAAAAAGAAAAGGACAAUGAAAGGAAACAAGGCAACAACAGAAACAGCAAGAAAGGAAACGAGAAUGCGAAAAAACAAAACGCAAAGAAAGACAAUAAACUAGGAGAGAAAGAAAACAAGAGAAAUAACAAGCGAAACAAAAAACAAAAUAAGGACAAAGAAGAUAAAAAUGGAAAGGAAGGCGAGAAAGAUAAGAAAAACCAAGAUAACAAAGGAAGGAAGGGUAAGAAGGACAAAGAUGAGAAGAAGAACAAGAAGGAAAAAGAAAUCAAGAAAAUGAUCAAAGGUCAAGAAGGGCGCACAAUGGGGAAAGUCCCUGAAAAAAGGAAAAAAGAUGAUGGACCGAAGAGGAACAACAGAUUUAAAUGCGAGGAGAAGAAAAAGUGCACAAAAUUAAAAGGCAGAUGUAAGAAAAAUAGGAAAAUCACUGAUGAAAACUGUAAGAAUUUCGUGAACAAAGGAUGCAAGAACAAGCCAGACGCUCAGUGCACGUGCUGCUUAAAAAAUGAUAAGUGCAAGAGUUCGUACAUGAAGAAAAGAUGCACCAAAAAAGGAGGAAAGGCGAAGCUCAAAGAGAAGUGCAAGAAGGAUUCCAUAGACAAUGCGGUUCAUGGCGACCAAUGCACGUGCUGCCUACCUUGCAAGACGACCAAGAAGUGCAAGAACAAGAAUGGCAAAUGCAGCACGACUUGCAAGCAUGGAGUUUGGGAAGGCGUCAAUUGCAAAGGAAAAGGGUGUCAAUGUUGCAGGAAAAAGAAAGAUAAAGAUGUCACCGAAAGCCCAACGACGCCAGUAUGGGUGGGUCCACCUUCUACUAGUCGGGCCACAUGGCUACUCCUCCAGGGAAUAGCUAUGGCCAUCUCCAGCCGAAUUCAACCCUCGGUAGUUGAGUUCUCCAACCCGCAUCGCUGA